UUAUAUAUAUUUAUAAUGGAAAAAUGCAAUAAUACAAAAGGACAAACGACAAAUAGACGAUAUCCACUAUCAGUUGAGAAUAAAAUAUAUGACAAUGACAAUGACAAGAAUUUAAGUAGCAUUAGUGAUAGAUACAAUAAAAUAUAUGACAAAAUAUUAAAUAUAACAUCAGACUGUGACAACUCGCAAGAUUUUGUAUUGCAAGUAACAGACAGUAUUUUUGUCAGAGAAACUUCUGAUGAAAAUAAUAAAAAUCAUAAUAAUAAAAAGACACAGGAAGUUAAAUCUUCUGAAGUUAUAAUAAUAAGCGACUCGAGUGAUGAUGAAUCAUUUUCGCCAGCAAAUAACAAAGGUAAUACAAUUUUGCCGUCAAAAAAAAUUGGUGAGACUAAAAGAACCCCAUCGUUGACUAUCAGUAGCAUAAAUUCUUCUGAUAUUUUGACUGAAGACGAGAGUCAUAAAAAACCUAAAACAAACUAUAUAUUUACAUCAACUCAGCUGAACAACGACGAUAGAAGAAACAAUGGAUCGGUAACCAAUGACAGUGGGAAUGGCACCCCACUCGGGUUUAAUUAUUUAUCGGAAAAAGAUUUAAGAACGCCAAAUAUAAAUCAAAUAAUGCGUUCGGAAAGUCUAACUAAAUUGCCGAACCCGAGCCCGAGGAAUAAUGCUAGCGCCGAUCGGAAAAAACUCGAGCCAAUGAGCGACAAGCGUGAACGUGUACCAGCAGAGACAAAGGGCUCGAGUGUUGACAAAGUCUUAAGCAAACAAACUAACGACGCUCGCAUAAUUCCGGGUUUCACAAAACGAAACCCGGCAACGCCGGUAAAUAAAAAAGCAACGCGUGAGAUAUUAAAAGCAGUUAAAUCGAAGCGCAUUGUUUACGAUUCUCCCGGACAGUGGCAGAAAAAUAAAGCUCCGAAUAAUUACAACUCACCGGGUCUGAUGCGGAACAAGGACAUAAUUAACAAGUCUGAGUUGGAAACCAGUAAUUCAUCGAGUGAAAGCAAGAAAGAGGAUCAAUCGGAAUUUCAACAUCCGGCUUGGAUCGACGAAACAAUUUCGGAGAUAUCGGACUCCCGGGAAGAUGAUUGUGACAAUAAAGAGGAAGAUUGUGAAAGACCGGCAAUAAAUGUUACUGAGACACGUGUUAUUGGGUAUCUUAAUCCCAUAGAACGUCAGUCGUUGUCACCGAGUGAACGCAAGAAGGAAGAUAUCGCACGCUGGCUGAUGUCCACUGCUUUUGAUCAAAGAAGUGAUACUUCUUUGAGCAUCAUCGGUCCUUCUCAACCAAACAGUCCUGGCUCUGGUAACAGCAGUCUUGAAAGACUCGAGCAUAAUUAUCAGACUCCGAAUAAUCGCACCAAGUUUCAGGCGAAGAUAAAUUCAGCUACUAGUGUUAAUUCUAAAACAAAUGAUAACACUCCGAUUGCUGGAGGACAAUUGAAACAGUUGGAGCCCGUUCAGAGGACAAAAGUCUGUACGCCAAGUACUGGUGAUGUUAAACGUUUAGAGCCAGCUUGGAAGAAAAAUGUUGACAGAAAUACUCCAAAUCUUGGAGGAAAUUUAAAACCGACGUCUAAAGCUAAUACACCGAGUACUGGAGGUAAUUUUAAACGUUCAGAACCGGGCAGGUCGAGAGUUGCUACACCAAUUAGUGGAGGUAAUUUGAAACGUUUAGAAGCAGUUGAUAGGAAAAAUAUAAAUACGCCAAGCACUGGAGGAAAUUCUAAGAGCUUGAAUAAACCAGUACAAAAAACGAUGGAUAAUUUUGUGAAGAAAACCAAACCCAGACCUAGGACACCUAAAAAUUUAACUCCUCUUUCUAUAACGAAGACUGCAGCCAAGACUCCAAGGUCUGAAGAUCAGGCCACGAAUGAUUCUUCCAACACUAAUGCACCUAGUUUGAGGAUUGAGGACUGUGAAGAUAUUUUAACUCGACUUUAUGGUGAUUCCUGGCGCAAGAAUGCUGAUGCUCUCCUACCUAAGGAAUCUAGGACAGCACCACGAACUGACAAAGUAAAGAAGAAAGUUCAUGACACUGCCCGAAGAAGGUCUGAUAAAAUUGUCAAGUCUAUAAAGCCUGUUAUUUCGCGGAAAGAGAAGAAGCCGCCGCCGAAUGUUAGGAAUAUACGGGACAGUUUCAUAAACGACUGGCCUAGCUCUGAAGAUGAUGCUGUUGAAACUUCUUUUGUAACAGCGUUGAGUACUCCUAUUCCACCGAGUCACACCAUCCGACGUAAAGAAACUCCGAUGUCUGAGUUGCAGAAAAAAGUUAUCGAGAUCUGUGAUUCAGACUCUGAUGAUGAUAAAACUCCGGUGGUUAAAAAUACCAGGAAAAGACUGUCUUUUGGCGAUGACAAAAGUUCUGGAUCUUUUACGAGUGAGUAUGACCCUGGUGAAGUUAUUUUACCGAAACCUGUGUCGAGAGUUAAAAAUUUGCCGACGUCUAAAUUGUCACCUGUGGUUUUCAAGCAACCUGCUGUGAUAGCGAGCUUUAUCAAAUCACUGUCCAAGGAAGUGGCGUUGGAGAAAGUUCACCCGGAAGCUAAGAAGUAUAGAUUGAAUUAUAAGUUAACUAAAGAUGAACUUUGCCAGCGACUGUACAAAAUUUUUAAUGAAAAAGUAUUUGAUAGUCAAUUACCUGAGAACAUGUCAAUUGAGUGGAACGCCAGAAUGCGCAGAACCGCUGGAUUUUGCUACAACAAAAUGAUCAGGAGCGCUAUUGGAAAGCCGGAAAGAUCUUCACGUAUUGUUUUGUCGAGUAAAAUUCUGGAUGAGCCUAAUAGGCUUAGAGAUACGCUUAUUCACGAGAUGUGUCAUGCUGCUACUUGGUUGAUCAAUGAAAUUUCUGAUGGACAUGGGCUUUAUUGGAGAUCUUGGGCUUCUAAAGCUCUUAAAGUAUUUCCAGAGUUACCGCCUAUUACGCGAUGUCAUGAUUAUAAAAUUACAACUAAAUACACUUAUCGGUGUGUUGAUUGUGGAUAUAGUAUUGGACGUCAUUCAAAGUCAUUGGAUAUCUCAAGAAAAAGAUGCGGUCAUUGUUUUGGAAAGUUUGAAUUGCUGGUCAAUCGGACAACUAGAUCAGGUAGAGUAGAACUUAAAACACCUAAUGCCAAGCAACCCAGUGGGUUUGCUCUGUUCGUAAAAGAAAAUUACGGUACUGUUAGAAAAGAAUGUAAAGACAGUAACCACCAAGGAGUCAUGAAGAUACUUGGCCAGCAAUUCUCAGCAGUUAAAAUAUCUAAACAAAAUGACAAAGAUGAUAAUUAG